GGGAUUGGGAGGGCGGCCCGGGGUCGGUCUCGGGGCUGGUCCCGCAGCCAGGAUCGAGGGCGCUGUUUGGAGACUUUUCUGGUCGUCACGGGGCGGCGGCCACGUCGGCUGUUGGGUCCAGGCGGGGAGGCCCGGGCGGCCCCCACCGCAGCGCGGGCGCGGCCUGAGGCAGAGGAGCUGGGAAUCCAGAUUGGGUUUGAGUGGGAAAGGGCAGCUGACCGCAGCCCUCAGGGCUUUGGGGCAGGCGGGGCGGGAGGCCCGGUUCUGCUCAGCCCAGACCCCCCACGCCCACUCUGCAUGUUCUCUGGAUUCCCAGGGGGCCAUCGGGGCGCUGUCCUGCACCACUUCAUCCUCCCCAAAUUGAAGCAGGAAACCCUGCAUAUUUCUUGGUACCCCCUGUACCAGUUGGGUGGCCCACAACUUCGGGUGUUCCGAACCAACUUCUUCAUUCAGCUGGUGCGGCCUGGUGUGGCCCAGCCUGAGGACACCGUGCAGUUCCGGAUCCCCAUGGAAAUGACAAGGGUGGACCUCAGGAAUUACCUCGAGAGCAUCUAUAACGUGCCCGUGGCUGCUGUGCGGACACGGGUGCAGCAUGGCUCUAACAGAAGAAGAGAUCACAGAAACGUCAGGAUCAAGAAGCCGGACUACAAGGUCGCCUACGUGCAGCUGGCCCACGGACAGACCUUCACGUUCCCAGAUCUGUUUCCCGAGAAAGACGAGAGCCCUGAAGGCAGCGCUGCCGACGAUCUCUAUAGCAUGCUCGAGGAGGAGCGGCAGCAGAGGCAGAGCAGCGACCCGCGGCGGGGCGGCAUCCCCAGCUGGUUUGGGCUGUGACGGGGCGGCCAGCAGGGACGUGCCCUAGGUGGGCAGCUGUGGCAGAGCAGUCCCAACACCUAAAUAAAAGUCCUGCGGCAGGAGAAAGAGCCGGAA